CCGUGACGUAGCCUCCCCGCGCCGGCAAGAUGGCUGCGCUGGUGGGCGGCGUGCGCCUGGGGCUGCGGCCGCGGCUGCGGCCGGUGGUGCCUCCUGCGGACCUGGACGCUCGGCGCUGGGUGCGGGCGCUGCGGCGGAGCCCGGUGAAGCUGACAUUUCCAUCCGGAGAGGUAGUGGAGCGGAAGCGCGUUCCCGGGAAGCCGCCCCGCCCGGCGGCGUCGGAAGCCAAGACCCCCGAGCAGCCGCCGCAGGCGUCCGCGUCCCGGUGGCCCAGCACGUGGGAGGAGACCGGGCUCCGCUACGACAAGGCUUUCGCCGGAGACAGGAGGCUGAGCAGUGUCAUGACCAUCGUGAAAUCCAGGCCGUUUCGGGAAAAGCAUGGCAAGAUCCUGCUGGAAGGUCGCCGGCUGAUCGCGGACGCGCUCAGGGCGGGUGCGGUGCCCCAGGUGUUCUUCUUCAGCCGCCUGGAGUACCUCAGGGAGCUGCCCCUGGAGAAGCUGCGGGGCGUCAGCCUCAUCAAGGUGAAAUUUGAGGACAUCAAGGAUUGGUCCGACCUGGUAACCCCGCAAGGAAUAAUGGGCAUCUUUGCCAAACCUGACCAUAGUAAGAUGAUGUAUCCAGAGAGUCCGCCUUGCCAUUCACUGCCUUUACUGUUGAUUUGUGACAAUCUCCGUGACCCUGGGAACCUGGGCACAGUCCUGCGAUCUGCCGCUGGGGCAGGCUGCAGCAGGGUCUUACUCACCAAAGGCUGCGUGGAUGCCUGGGAGCCCAAAGUGCUGCGGGCUGGUAUGGGCGCUCACUUCCAGGUUCCAAUUGUCAACAACUUGGAAUGGGAAGCUGUGCCAGACCACCUACCCCCCGACACCCGAGUCUAUGUGGCAGACAACUGUGGCCUGUACGCCCAGGCCCAAGCAUCUAAUAAACCCAGUGCAUGUGACCGACGAUUCCUCAAGUUUCAUAAGCCUGAAAAGGGCGAGGAAGAUCUAGAAGCUGGAGCCAGUAGAGACUGGCUCCCUGACCUUGAGGUCCAGAGUUACGACUUGGACUGGACAAGGGCCCCAGCAGCUGUGGUGAUAGGCGGAGAGACCCAUGGCGUGAGCCUGGAGUCGCUGCAGCUGGCUGAGCGCACUGGAGGCAAGAGACUGUUGAUCCCUGUUGUGCCCGGCGUGGACAGCCUGAACUCGGCCAUGGCUGCAAGCAUCCUGCUGUUUGAAGGGAAGCGGCAGCUGCGAGCAAGAGCAGACCUUGGGAACAGGAGCAGGAGUUAGCACGGAGAGGGGAUCCUUCU